CAGGAAGUAGAUGUCCAAUUUUACGGUGGAGAAGCUGCGUCUCCGGGAAGUAGCUCAGAGAUCUUCACAUCAUAGAAUUGACUUUCGGUGCACUGGCCAAAGCCCCUCAAAGACCACUGGGGAAGAUGUCCGGAGCACCUCCUGGAGGUCGGAGAAACUUUCCAUUCCACGCCAGCUCGUAUCACGGCAUCAUCUCUCUGAAGACGUGUUAAGUGGAGAAUGAAAUCAACAUGUGGAGGCUCGGCAGUGUACGCCACGCAGUUGAAGUAACAACAAUCUGAAGAGCUACGACCAGCAACUGGCAGGUGCUGACGGAUGCCUGGCCGGCCGCCCGCUGUACCUGGCUGUGCGGAGAGGGAACAGGAGAUGGAGCUCCCCUUGGCUACAGCCUCUGAGCCCAGGGCCUGGCUGUCUCCCACGGACUUCAGCUGCAGAGAAUCAGAGUGGAGGCCGAGAGGAGCCAGAGGCAGGUGGAACACCGAGACUCAAAGAGGUCAAGGGACUUGGUCAAGAGAUUCACUUGAGGUCCUCUGACAGCGACAGGCAGAGCCGGGACUGAACGCAGUCCCAGACAAACCAAUGAGGAGCAUCAAGUAUACGCAGAAGGAUGUAAUAAACCUCAAGAAAGACCUUACACGAAGCCGCAUCUUGAUUCAGUGGGUGAAGAUUGGCCGUGGUUACUUUACUAUUCUGAGGGAGGAGAGUGCAUUGAAAAAGAAGCAACAACAACUUCAGAAACUCAAAGAGGAAGGAAGAAAUAUAUUCCAACCAGCCAAAAAGAUGUCAGAUGUCCAGUACGGGGAUAUUCUUUUGACUGCAAACGGGGACAAGAAGAUGAAGAAGGCGGGGAUGGGAGUCCUCCUGCGUCCGUUCACCCCCGUGCACAGCUGCAUCAUUGCGCCCUCGCUGCCUGAGGCUCACGUCGAGCCCAUCUUCCGCCAGCUCUGUGCCCUCCACUGGCUCCUGGAGGCCCUGACUAUCGACCACACCCACCACACCAUGAAGCCCGUGAUCACCUGCUGGAAUCCGAAGGACCCAGGUGGAAGCAAGAGCACAAUAAAAAAAAUCAAUAAGGACAAGUCCAUGGGACAGAGGUGGGAGCGCUUCAUCACAGCCCCAAAGACCAAGAGAUUCAAGGUUCCUGUAGCACGCGUCACCAGCUACAAACCAAGCCGGCGAGGCUCCACCCUCAGUCUGUCUCGGACAAGUGGAGGGUCAUCCCCCCAGAGCAGCAUGGUCUCCGUGAACCCGGGCUCAGAUGAGCCCCAGAGUGUGAUCCCCCAGGCGACAGGCAGCAAGGACGUUGAGGACAGUGAAUCGUCUUCGGCCAAGCCUGAAGAAGAACCUCUCCAUGUCAAUCUGCAGAAGCUCCUGGAGAUGGUUCGGGAAGAUGCUCAGAGAACAGUCACAAUGGCAGAUGGGAUGCAAAAACAAGCGGCCAGUAUCUUCUCAAUGCUCAGACAAAACAAGAGUGAUUCUGCCUAUAAAGACAUGCAGACCACCCGCAAAUCAAGUGACAGAUCCAGCAGUACAAGUGGAGACAGCCACUCCCAGGUGCCCCAGAAGAAGUCUAAAAGCCGCAGCAACCGUGACAUCAUCCACUGCAAGAGUGGGGUGUGUAACGCCCUGAGGGCCAAGUUUAACAAUGUGGCCCAGGAGGCUGGCCUCUGUCUACAGGACAAGAUGGAAAUCCUCAUGAAGCGCCAAGAAGAAAGAGGUCUCCAGAAGUUCCGUUCUUUUGACCUUGUCUCAAAUUUCCAAAAGGAUGUAGCAAAAAUGAGACACCACAUCUCCAUGGCAAAAGGAGAUGCAGAAGAAAUUGCACAGCACUGGUACUUUGACCUGCUGUCCAAACUCCCUGAGGAUCUGAAGAAUUUCCGCCCUGCCAAAAAGAUCCUGGCGAAACUGCAGAAGUUUGGGGAAAAUCUGGACCUGAGGAUCCGGCCGCAUGUUCUCUUGAAGGUGCUGCAGGACAUGAGGGUCUGGGAGCUGUGCUCUCCGGACAUCGCGGUGGCUGUCGAGUUUGUGCGAGAACACAUCAUCCACAUGCCUCACGAGGAGUAUAUCAGCUGGCUGCAGGACCGAAUCAACGUCCCCAUCCGGCCCCACAGUGCCCAGACGUAGUGGGCCUGGGUUGACCAGCGAUCCCAGUGGAGGAGGGCUGUCUGCACUGUGUUCCUGUUUCCUACCUACUCUCAUGGAUACUCGUUAUGACCUAGUAGGGGCAUCUGGAGACCAGAUGACCCUGCCAGCGUUCUAGAGGGAGCUCCUCCCAGGUGGGAGCUCCCUCCUGCCUCGCACGCCAGCCUCAGUCUCCCAGCCUCCGUUCCUCGCUGGUCUAGACUGACUCUACCUGCUCCCUCUCCAGAAUCCUUCACUCUAUUUCUCCUCCUCAAAUGCUAGAUAAUAAAAUUGAGUUGAAUGUUUGAUGUUCAGCUGGGAAAAAGUUGGAGCUGUGGAAUUUGGGCGUGGUGUUCAAAUCCUGAUAAUAACAUACAGUUAUCAUUUAUGGAGUUUUUGUUAUACAACAGGCCCAGCGCUGGGUGAUAUUAUUGCCUAAUAAUAUCAUUUAAAUCUCACAAUUACUUGGUUAAGUAGGUACUGAUGUUAUCCCCGUUUCACACCACUGGAGCUAGAGUGUAUUUCUCAGCUUUGCAUAUACUGUCCUGGAUAGAGGUGGGUGGGUGGAUGGAUGGAUGGAUGGGGCAUUUCCCAACAAGGCAAAUAGUGUGCCAGAAAAUCUCGUUCUUAAGAGUCCUUGUAAUAUCUUGUGCUGGUUUGGGUUGUACAAAGAGCUUAACUUCCUGUCGUCUCCAAAUGUGUGUGGGCUCAUUGCCAUUUAACCUCUUUUCUCAUCUUGAUCUUCUGCUUCCCUACAUCCUCACUAAGCUAUAGGACCUGUAGUCAUUUUAACUCUGUUACUGAUGGCCAAGCUGAAUUAACAACGAAACAACUGGACUUGAUUUGCGGUUAUGCCCCGAUUAUCAGAACACUCAUAAAGGCUGGAGCCCAGCAUCUCUCCAUGAUCCAGAAGGGGUGGAAAGGAAGAGAGUUGAACUGGAACCAUUCUUCUGUCUAAGAAACAUCUGACUCAUCCGUUCACCUAUUCAGUUAUUUACUCACUCAUUCAAUGAAUAUUUAUCAAGAGCUCAACAUGCAUCAGCCAGGUUCUGGGUUCUGAGGGUAGAGCAGUGACCAAAGCAGACAAGCUCCUGAUCUCGAGAGUUUACAUGGAGACAGUUUACAUGGAGUCAGCAAAGGCUGAUGGGGAGGGCAGAGGGACUGCAUGACACCCACACCGCGAUACCCUUUGUUUAGUGUGACUCUGUGACAGCCAUUAGGGUACAGAGGUGAGAUGCAGUCUGUCAGGAGUCUGCAAAGUUAAGGGAUCCUAAACUUCUCUGUAUUCAGUAAGAAUUGGGGUGAGGGGGAGCAGAGAAGAAAGGAGGAGGGCAAAGGCCUAGAGGCCAAA